UUUACUUGAGACACCAAAAAGGACGGCGUAAUCGACAUUUUAAAAUUCUUAUACAUGAAAUGGAUAAGAAACAUUGGUUUAUGACACUUUAAAAAAAAGAUGAACACGAUACUUUUAAUGAAAAUUUUAUUAUUAAGAUGGAGGUGUUGCGGUUGUUGCUGUCUUUGGUUUGUGUCGUCCUGGUGAGAGUACAUUCUGAGACCGUCCCUGUAGAUCAGUAUAAACAGCAACUUCUAGACGUACACAAUGCUUACCGGGCCCAGCAAGGUGCAGCCGACAUGCAGGCUUUGGUGUGGGAUGACACACUCAGCAAAGAGGCGGGAAGUUGGAUAAAGAGAUGCAGUUUCAAACACGAGAUGAAAGGAAGGGGAGAAAAUCUGGCUUUUGAUUCCAACCCUAAGAAGACAGAGGAAUUAAUCAAUAGUUCAAUGAAGGCCUGGUAUGAUGAAAUCAAGGACUAUAACUAUAAUAGGAAAUCCUGUGCACCGAGAAGUUGUCAUUAUACGCAGGUAGUCUGGGCUAAAACUAGAAAAGUCGGAUGUGCCAUGGAGAAAUGUAACUACCUUCAAGCAUUUGGAAGACCUGUGAAGAACGCGUGGUAUCUUGCUUGUUACUACGAUCCCAAGGGAAAUGAUAUAUCGGAGUAUCCAUUUGAGAAAGGUGCAGCUUGCUCUAAGUGUCUUCAAAAACAAACCUGCGAAAAUAAACUUUGCACAGGCGAAGGCGUUGAAGUUUGCGAAGACAACGAUAAAGAUUGUGAAUUUUGGGCCACUUCCGGUGAAUGUAAGAAGAACCCUCAAUUCAUGAACAAGAAGUGCAGAAAAGGUUGUGGUAUCUGUAAAGGAGCUUGAAGUAAAAAUCGGAUUCAUCGUAAAAGGACUAUGAAAAACAGCGAAUGUCAAAAAUGUCUCCGUGUUGUUUUUUGCUUCUCUCAUCAUGUCAGUUUUUAAUUUUUUUUUGCUUGAAUUUUUUGAUAGCAAAUAAAUAGUUGCAAAGGA